AUGGAGACAAUUUCCUACCUUCCCGACUAUGGGGUUGACGACGGUACUAUAGUAGUGAAGACGAACGUAACAUUUCCGUCACUGCAAAUACUUCUUCACAUCCACCGCGCAAUGCAUGCAGUUAUUGAUAGACAGAAGAAUCAUGGUAUCCACUUUCAUGUACUAGCGAAAGCAUUACGUAUGUCUGGUGGAGAUCAUAUUCACUCUGGUACCAUAAUAGGUGGUAUUCAUGUUUGGCAUAUGCCUGCUCUGACCGAGAUCUUUGGAGAUGACUCUGUACUUCAGUUCGGUGGAGGAACUUUAGGACACCCUUGGGGUAAUGCACCGGGUGCUGUAUCAAAUCGAGUAGCCCUAGAAGUGUGUGUACAAGCGCGUAAUGAGGGACGUGAUCUUGCUCGUCAAGGUAAUGACAUUAUCCGUGAAGCUUGCAAAUGGAGCCCUGAGCUAGCAGCUGCUUGUGAAGUAUGGAAGAAAAUCAAAUUCGAAUUUGAAGCAAUGGAUACUUUGUAA